AUGAUGGACGCUAUUUAUUUUGGAGAUAAAAUUAAUGUAUGCAAGGAAAAGCUUAGAUCUGCUUUGAUUUAGAGCGGUCAAUUUUACGAUUUGCUUUGUGGAGAUUUUAUUUCGCUUAAGUCUAUAGAAAAUUUAUCUUCGCCACUGCUCUAAUUAAAGGAAGAAUUGGAGUCUAGCUUUAUUGAACUUUUCAAAAUAAAUUCAAGCGAUAUAGAUCUCUAGUAUUUAACUUGUAUUUAUAUUUAAGUUUUAGAUUUUCAAAACAGAAAAAUUCCAGAAUUUUAACAAUUAAACAGUUUAGAAUCAGCUCAAGAGUAAAAAAAAUUAAAAAGAUAUUAUUUAUAAUAAUCCCACUUUACUGGAAAGAAUUGUGUUAUUUUUUGUUCGCUUUUAUAAAACACCUAUGUUGUCAACUUGGCUUCUAAUUCUUUUUCUAAGAUUUUUGGUAUCCACAAGGAUUUUAUUGUAGGAAAGCAACUAAAUUUAUUGGUUCCAGCAAUUAUAAAAAAAAACCACGAUAAAAUGAUUUAGAAGUUUAUUGAUUAAGAUUCCUUAAGUUUAAUAGAAAGAGGGUAACGUUCUUUGUUUGCCUUGGAUUAACAAGGCUUUAUUUUUCCGAUAUCUCUUAGGAUUAAAAUAGAAAAUUUAAGUGAUGAUGUUGGGGUUUGUGCACUUAUACAUAGAAUAAACAAGUAAAAAUCUUAUAUUCUAUUUGAUGAUGACGGAUGUAUCACUGACUUUUCUAAAAAACUAUACUAUGAUCUAUUUUAAAGUUCAGAAAAAAUGUUAUAUGAUUGGCAAAAUAUCUUUAGAAUGAUCCCAUUCACUUAGAUUAUAAUAUAGAGUAAGUAGCUCAAUACAAAAUUCUGCAGUGCUAUGGUUAUUAAAUAGCAAUUUAAAAAUAAAUUGUCAAACACAUAAAUUGAAACAACAACUUAAGCAAAGAAUAUUAAUUUGCAUUCCUACAAUGAUGAUGUAUUUUUAAUACAGUUUUAGGUAUGCUAAAAUUAAACUAGAAUUAAUGUGAACGUAAAUUAUUUAGAAAUUGAAAACUAUGAAAAAGAAACAAACCAAAGCAAGAAAAAUAAAAUCAUUGAUGAAUUAAAUAAUUAGUUAAUAUAAUAGGAAUAGUAGGACAAUUAAAUUAAACAAAUAAACAAAAAUUUUGAAGCUUUAAAUUCAUAUUAAUAUUUUUUGUCUGAAAGAUAGCUGCCUUAAAACAUAGAUAGCAAUAACUUGUUACUUAUGAAAUGGCAAGAAGAUUAGAAAUUUCAACAAGCAAGUAGACCAAAUAUAAAGACUGAAAUUCCCAGUACAAAUAGAAUACAUUUAAUUUUUAAUGAAAAUGAAGAUUUUAAAGAAGAAAAUAUGACUAAGUGUUUCAGUGAGCAGCAGAUUCCAGUAAAUUAAAAUUAAAAACAAGAAUAAUUUGAAAACUAAAUAGAUAAUCUUAGUUGGAUAAACAAAAAUGAUAUACCUUCAAGCAGGAAUAAAAGCACAAAGGAAAUUAGAAACAAAGAGAUUCCUAAUAUUGCUUUGUAAUUAAAAAAGACUCACACAAUGAGCUCAAAUUAUUUAGAUUUUAAUCAAUCGCCUCUUGUUUUCUCUCAGCACACAUAAUUAUUGCUCCUUACAAACAACUAAUAAGAUUUUAAUCAAAUUGCAACUACUAAUUCAAAGCGCAACAUUGAAUAAUAAGGAAGCAAUUAAUUUGAUUUUUCAAUUAAUAAUUUUCCUUCCUCCAAUUAGAACAUAGCAGCUGAUUAAUAAUAUUCUAAUUUUUAAAAUACAAAAAACGAAGAUUAACAAAAAGCAAACAAACUUAUUAAUAAGUAAAACACAAUUAAUUUAGUUAAUUCGUAAAAAACAUUGUCAGACAGCGAUAAAUGUUUGAGUAUAGAAGACAAUAUUUUCAACAAAAGGAAAACAAAAAGCACUAAUUUUCAGGAAGAGGAGUAAGAGGAAAAAGAGUAAAAGAAAGAACAACAAAAUGAAAUAGCUAGUGUUAAUUCAAGCAAAUAUAGUUCAGAAGAUCUCAUUAAAAGAAAUAUGAUAAGACGAAUUAACUAAAAGGUUUUCAAUAAAAGUUUGCAACUUAUGAUUUUUACGGGAUUUAUUGCUAUUAUUAUUUUAAUUGUCGUCACUUUGAUUGUUUAUUUGUAAAAUUUAAAUAGCUUAGAUAAUUUUGUAGCAUCAUUUUUGAAAAUUGAUGGUGCAUUAUUUUGCUUUACAGAUGUAAUGAAAAUAUAAGCUUUGUCUAAUUAUUAAGUUUUGUUAGGUAACACAUAUAUUUAAGAUAGUUAAGAUAUAUAAAAUUAAUAAAAUAUCUUGGUCAAUUACGAACUUACUGCUGUUUUAUAAGAUUACAAUUAAAAUUUUGAAGAUCUAGUUUUAUAUAACGACAGCUAAGACGAACUCAAUGAUUUAUAAAAUAAUCCUUUCUUGGUUUAAGUUUUUGCAGCAGGAUUUUAUGAUUUUACUCACAUCUAAUUUAAUUCUACUGUAAAAUUUUCAUAAAGCUUGUAAUAUACGAUCAUGCAAUUCUAUUAUGAAAUCAUAUUUUAUGUUAUUAACUAUGAGGAAUAAUAAGAAGAUUUUAUAUGGGGAAAUAUUGUUGAAUUUAAAUCCAGGAUGAAAAACCUUUAAUCAAUUGUGGAGAGUUAUGCGAAGACUUAAUUUAACAACAUGAAUGCCCAACAAAUGACAGUUAUCACACUAGUGAGCAUUUUAAGCUUUUUGAUGAUAUUUUCAAUUAUACCAUUGAAUAUCUAUAUUCAAAUAAAAAGGGAAAAAGUUAUGAAGCUUUUUGGCACAUUUUAGCCUCAGACUCUUGAAUUAUAAAUAAGAUUAAUAGAACUUGCAAUUUUUAAAAUAGAUAAAACUAAGCUGGCAAAUGAAAAUUAUAAAAAAGCACAACCAAGUAUUAUUAAAAGCAUUAAGUCCUCAACAAAGAAAUAAAAACACAUUUAUCUGAAAGACUUGAUGGAAUAAGCUUUAGAUACAAAGACUUAAAAUAAAAAAAACCUAAUUUCAAAUAAUUAUUUUUAAUAAGCAUAAUAACUACCAAAAUAUAUUAGAAGAGAGCAAAAACCAAGAAACAGAUCCAUAGCAUCAUUCAAUAGCUUACCUAAAUUUAAUUUAAUUGUAAUUUUGUUAGGAAUAGUAGCAGUUUUUUUGUUACUAAUUUAGCCUGCUUUAAAUAUUUUGCAAUUUAGUCCUUUUAAAACUGAAUCAAAUGCUACUCUGUAAGACAGAAUAAGUCUCAUAGAUAUUUUUACUUUACUGAUUGAAAACCAAGGUUCUCAUAUUGAAUCAAUAUUGUCUUUAGUUACUCUUUAAGUGCCUUCUACUACUUACUAUUACACCUAUGCUAAUAACCUCACUGAUUAAAACGAAAAAGCAAUUUCACAAUUAUAAAAUUUAACAACAAAUCUAGGAAUAUAACGAUAUAAUUAAAAUAUGUUUGAAGACUUCUAUAAAAAUAUUCUCAAUUCAAAUUUAUGUUAAGUGAGACAAAACUUUCCUUAAUAUUUUAACUCUAAUGUGACUUAAGCAACAUGUGAGAGAGUAUUCAAUGGAAUAUUAAAAAGAGGAUUAAUUUUAUCUAUAAAUAGAGUAUUUCAAACUUUUGAAGAACUUUUAGAAAUGUAUGCAAUAUAGGACUUGGAUUAACAACUUAACUUUUACAUUUAAUUCCAAAGUUAAUAUUCCUAUGUAGAUUUUAAACUACUAAUAUAAGUUAUAUCCGAAUCUGUUGAUGCAAUAAGACAAUAUUAAGACGAAUCUCUAUAAGAAUACAAACAGCAUGUCAAAUUUAAUUUGUUUUAGUUGUUUAUCGCUUAGUUAUUUAUAAUUAUUUUAGUAUUUUUCAUUGGCUGGCUACGUCUUUUUUACAGCUUUGUCGAUUAAUUAGCAAAAACUAAAAAUAUUUUCAAAGUAUUUCACAUUAACGUGCUGUAUGAAAAUGACUACAUCCAAUCCUACUUUAGACAAAUGCAAAUAAAAUAAAAUAAGUGA